CUGAGACCAAGUAGUCCUCCAUUCUCGGCCCUAUCCCCUCCGAUUCCUCUCUCGACCGCUUCUCCGCCGUUGUUUGCCCUGGCCGUCGUGACUCCGCUCGAUUAUCCGCCGUCGUUCGGAAAUCUUACUUCCACAGACUCUCUUUUUUCCAUAUGUUUCAGGGAUCUUGCAAUGCAUCGGGUUGCAAGUGCAGGAAAUGGAAGUAAUUCAGUGCGUACGCGCAAGGAAAAGAGGCUGACAUAUGUUCUAAAUGAUGCAGAUGAUACUAAGCACUGUGCUGGUAUAAACUGUUUGGCUGUAUUGAAGUCACCGGGACCAGAUGAGUGUGAUACCCUCUUUACUGGUAGUCGUGAUAGUACCCUAAAGAGAUGGUUAUUGGCCGAAGAUGGUGCGACUUGCUCUGCUACAUUUGAGUCCCAUGUUGAUUGGGUGAACGAUGCUGUCCUUGCAGGUGGUAACACAUUAGUAUCUUGUUCAUCGGAUGCCACUGUUAAGGUGUGGAAUUGUGUGUCUGAUGGAAAAUGUGUGAGGACAUUACGUCAGCAUUCGGACUAUGUCACCUGCCUUGCUGCUGUGGAGAAAAAAAGCAAUUUUGUAGCCUCAGCUGGCCUCGGUGGAGAGGUCUUUAUAUGGGAUCUUGAAGCUGCACUUGCUCCCAUCUCCAAAUCAAAUGAUGUAGCAGAAGAUGACUGCUCCACAGCGGUCAAUGGCUUGGGCACUUCAUUAUCGAACACAAGUCUUCGGCCUACCGGCUCAAGCAAUAACAUCUCUGUGCAUUCUACUCAAUCUCAAGGAUACGUUCCCAUUACUGCAAAAGGACAUAAAGAGUCAGUGUAUGCAUUAGCCACCAAUGAUCGGGGAACACUUCUUGUUUCUGGUGGAACUGAGAGGGUUGUGCGAGUUUGGGACCCAAGAACUGGUUCGAAAACCAUGAAGCUUAGAGGGCACACAGAUAAUAUUAGGGCGCUACUGUUGGAUUCUACUGGCAGGUAUUGCUUAUCUGGGUCUUCUGAUUCUAUGAUCAGGUUGUGGGAUCUUGGCCAACAGCGGUGUGUGCACUCCUAUGCUGUGCACACAGAUUCUGUCUGGGCGCUUGCCAGCUCUCCAUCGUUUAGUCAUGUUUAUAGUGGUGGAAGAGAUCUUUCCUUGUAUUUGACAGAUCUGGCAACUAGAGAAAGUGUGCUGCUCUGUAACGAAGAUCAUCCUAUCUUGCAAUUGGCAUUGCACGAUGAUAGUAUAUGGGUUGCCACUACCGAUUCUUCUGUACAUAGUUGGCCAGCUGAAGCACAUAAUCCAAUGAAAGUAUUUCAACGAGGUGGUUCAUUUGUGGCUGGAAAUCUGUCAUUUUCGAGAGCCAGGGCUUCACUUGAGGGUUCCACUCCUGUUCCUGUUUAUAGAGAACCAUCAUUUAGCAUUCCUGGAAUUUCGGCAAUAGUGCAGCAUGAGAUUUUAAACAAUAGAAGACAUGUCCUGACAAAGGAUACUGCUGGCAUGGUGAAAUUGUGGGAAAUUACUAGAGGUGUGGUUGUUGAUAAUUAUGGAGAGGUUUCAUUUGAGAAGAAGAAAGAAGAAUUGUUUGAGAUGGUAAGUGUUCCUGCAUGGUUCACUGUAGAUACAAGGCUUGGGAGUUUGUCUGUACACUUAGAUACCCCACAAUGCUUUUCCGCCGAGAUGUACUCUAUUGAUCUCAGCAUUGCCGGAAAGCCUGAGGAUGACAAGAUCAAUUUGGCAAGAGAAACCCUCAAAGGACUGUUGCAACACUGGUCAACUCGACGAAAGCAGAGGUUUGGAUCUCAAACUUCUGCAAAUGGAGACAUUCCUUCAGGAAAUGUUUUGCCUACAAGGACGGUAACACUAUCUAGAGUUGAAGGCGGAGAUGGUUUCAUUGAAAAUGAUUCCACGGUGUAUCCGCCUUUUGAGUUUUCUUCAGCUGCUCCUCCUUCUAUUGUUACCGAAGGCACUCAAGGAGGCCCUUGGAGAAAGAAAAUUACUGACCUGGAUGGAUCCGAAGAUGAGAAAGACUUCCCUUGGUGGGUUCUUGAUUGUGUGUUGAACAAUCGCCUGCCUCCAAGGGAGAAUAGCAAAUGUAGCUUCUAUUUGCAACCAUGUGAAGGUUCUACUGUGCAGAUCCUUACUCAGGGCAAACUUAGUGCACCUCGCAUUUUGAGAAUACAUAAAGUUGUCAAUUAUGUCAUAGAAAAGAUGGUUCUUGAUAAGCCAAUGGAUGCCGUAAAUGGUGAUGGAUCUUUUGCUCCCGGGUUGCCUAGUGCUCAUAUCUCAAUUCCAUCUGUUGGAGAUAGUUCCUUCCGUUCAGGGCUGAAACCUUGGCAAAAACUCAAGCCUUCUAUUGAGAUCAUGUGCAAUAACCAGGCAAGUGUCUUACCUCCGGACAUGAGCUUGGCCACUGUACGAGCAUACAUAUGGAAGAAACCUGAUGACCUUGUGCUUAACUACAAGGUGGUGCAGGGCAGGGAUGCUAGUGAAGUUAUUGUGAAGUGGCUUGUGUGUGUAAAUACUCUUGGAGUUGUGCAUCAUAUGACAGACGGGCUCAUUGUGUGCCAGUAUAAAAGCCAUUGUCCCCCUCUUACCUCGUAAAACGAAGGGAAAACGAAUUGGUUUUCAAGAUGAAGCAUAAGAGAUCCCGGUAAUUGUACAGAGAGCAGGUCCCAACCUGGACGAGUUAUUUAUAAAAUUAAAAUUGAGAUGCUUGGCAUGGUUCGUGAGCCUGUGGCAACUUGAAUGAGAAGAGGGGUGCCUAAACAGAUGUUAUAUUCACAAACUUGAAUUAAAGGAAUAACUUAUAUUACAGGUGUCCUUAAACGAUUCGUACUUUCUAAUACACAGUUGAAGGUGAAUAAUUUUUGCUUUUCUUUGCAAAUAUAGCAUCCCCUUCAACUCUCCUAUCAUUAUUUUAUUUUUCUUGUUUUCAUUUUUUGGAUUAUGUAAUUUAUCCUGUUGAUUCGUCAAUGGUGCGUUUGUUAUGUUUAAAAUUGUUGCUAACUGUAUUUGUUAGUCGAUCCAUGACUAUAAUCUAACCGGCUUUAUUCUUCUGUCGUGGGUCAACUUGAAUUCUGGAGUUGAUUGAUGGCUGCAAAAGGAGCUAAGCAGAAGGGUCCAAAACAUCAAGUGAAAAUUUAAGCAAUAUCCCACUUGUAGAAUAUGAUUUUAUUCACUACGUGAAGGAGUUAUCUUCUAACUCACGCGUCAGGGGACGCGCCCCUCUUCUUCUCCC